ACACACACACACACACACACACACACACACACACACACACACACACACACAAACAAUACCAUCAGUGUGUUUAUAUGCGCACUAAUAACUGAGUGUGGAGCAGCUCCAGGCGACAGUGUCGUCUCGUCUCUGCACCAUGUGAACGGUUUACUCGGAUCAUCUCGGAGGAAUUUAACCCGAUUAACAAAGAAGAGUUACUCAUCAAUCGUUCUGUUAAAUCACAGAGAACGUACAGACACGCCGGAGGAUCCGCCCACAGAUCAAUACCAUGAUAAAAUCAUUAUAACCAAGAUUUAAACAUGUUUUACCAAUUUGUUGAAUGAGAUCACAUGACAUUAGACAGAAGCCAAACAAAAGCCGGAGGACCAACUGUCAUCUCUAAAUAACUUAAAAACAGACAACUUUCCCCCGCAGCGUUUCUGAGUGGUGUCAAUGUUGCUGUAAACAGAACCGGGUCAACAACACAGAACAGAACACACGUUCAUUCAGUUAUAUAGUGUGUAGUAGGAACAGAUGUCCAGUUAAAGGAGCAGUCUGUAACUCGCUUUGUCUUCUACACUGAAUAAACAAACUGACCUUAUAGAAACAUCACAGUUCAUACUGUUAUACUCUGUUUACAUGUGGCGGACCCUGCCACCUCUCUUACUUCAAAUCAGUGUUUCCUCUGAGAACAGCUUAUUUAGUCUAGAGUUUGAAUUUCUUCUACUAAACUACAUAGUGCCACUUUUUACAGGUGUAGCAGUGAAUUCUGCCCUGACUGCUCAGAUCGUGAACAAAUAGUCAUAAUCAUAAUUAUUAUUAUCGAUCCUGCAAUGUCUUUGACAAAACUGCAGACUGCUCCUUUAAAACUAUCAAGCGAUUCAAGCGUGUACAAAAUAACCAACAGAACUCAGCUGGCAGGUUAAUAUUGUACAAAGACCGUCUACACACCCUCAGUUUGUUGAUUCUUUGUACACUUUCCUUCCCGUCUCAUGUUUUAAUUUGGAUUAUUUCCUUGUUCCAGAGAUCGUUCAGCCGAGGUGAUAAAUCCUGUUGACGCUCACCAUCACCUGCUUUAUGAUAUUUUGAACCUUACUGUAACUCUGUGUAUAGCUUUAUGAUCCGUAUAUUACUUUACGGUAUUGUGCUCCCUCACUCCCAAUUUAAAUGUUAUAUUUCACAUUGGAAGUCUUUCCGUCUUUGUUCUGAAGCUGCUGCACAACCAUCACACGUGUUUUCCAGGUGACCAUAAACAUCCUGAUCACUCUUCUGUUACUGACUGAUUCGACUUCACCCUAAACUUCAGCCUGCUGGGAUGUAAAGUGGGCAUGUCCUGUAGUGAUGAUGAGGAGAUCUAUUUGCUUAUAAACAGUUCCAGGUAAAGUGUGCAGUCGUGCCCAUCCUUGAUAGAUGCACCCGCCUUUUUCAUUCACUCAAACAGAACCGGUCCACGUUGAGUCUCGCCACACGUGUUGCUCUGAGACUGUGAGGAAGGCGCGAUGAAGAAAAGUUUCACGUGGAUUACGAAGUUGUUCACCACUUUUUCUUGAUCAGACUCCAUCCAUCUGUCCGACCCGCAUCACACCUGCUCCGACUCCCAGGAAGAUGACUUCGCUCCAUCCAUAACUUCUGAUGUGAACAGUGGGCGUGUCCUGUAGUGACGACGAGGAAACCCAUUGCCUGAAAAGUAGCGCCGCGCGCCCGCCUUUUCCAUUCAUUCAAACAAAACCGAUCCACCUGUCCGACCCGCGUGAGCCCGCUCCGACCCUCAGACUCGAUCCAUCUGUCCGACCCGCAUCACACCUGCUCAGACUCCCAGGAAGGCGACAGAAGCUACAGGAUGUGGAACGAGAAGAAACAGAGUCCACCUGCCGACCGCGGUCAGGCGGUCGGCAUCAUCAUCUUUGUGCUCGGUCUGGGAACGCUGCUGCCCUGGAACUUCUUCAUGACGGCCUCACAGUAUUUCAACGGGCGGCUCACAGUUUCAACUAACUCCUCCAACGGGACGUCAGGAGGUCCGACUAAAGACUACAACUAUGACAGCUGGAUGGCUUUGCUUUCCCAGCUGCCCCUGCUGCUCUUCACCCUGCUCAACUCCUUCCUGUAUCAGUGGGUGAGGGAGCGUCUCCGUGUGGCCUUCAGCUUGAUCGCCAUCUUCUUCCUCUUCUCCAUCACGGCGGUUCUGGUUCAGGUCCAGAUGGAGCCGGACACCUUCUUCUCCGUCACCAUGGCGACGAUCUGGUUCAUCAACAUGUUCAGUGCGGUGCUGCAGGGCAGUCUGUUCGGUGUGGUCGGCCUGUUUCCUCCUCGUUACAGCACUCUGUUCAUGAGCGGUCAGGGCCUGGCCGGGAUCUUCGCUGCACUCGCCAUGCUCUUCUCCAUCUUAAGUAACGCAGAGAGCAACACCACGGAGGCGUUGGGAUACUUCAUCACGCCGUGUGUGGCCACGCUGGGGACGCUGCUGUGUUACCUGCUGCUGCCACACCUGGAUUUUGCUCGUUUUUACCUGAACAGAAGUCAAACGGAUGACGUGGAGAAGUCUCAGCAGCUCCUCAGCACCGCAGAUAAAAAUGUCUCAAACAACAACGAUAAAGAGCUCGAGGCCAACGGGACGGUGACCAGUGACCCGGAGGAGAGUCAGGAGCGUCUGUCCGUCCUGGCCGUCUUCAAAAAGAUCUGGCUGAUGGCGGCGUGUGUGACGUGUGUGUUCGCCGUCACCCUGUCGGUGUUUCCUGUGAUCACAGUCCGAGUGCAGACGGUCUACACCGACAACACUUCCUGGGAUAAAGUCUUCUCCUGCGUCUGCUGCUUCAUCGUUUUCAACGCCAUGGACUUGGCUGGUCGCAGCGCCCCGUCUCUCGGCCAAUGGCCAGCGAAGGACAGCUUCCUGUUUCCUGUCGCCGUGUUGUCCCGUCUGCUCUUCAUCCCUCUGCUCAUGCUGUGUAACGUGAAGGGCUCCAGACUCCCUCAGCUCUUCAGACACGACUGUGCCUUCGUCACCAUCAUGGCCUUGUUCUCCUUCUCCAACGGGUACCUGGCGAGCCUCUGCAUGGCCUACGCUCCACAGCUGGUGAGACAUAAAGACUGCGAGACGGCCGGCUCUCUCAUGACCUUCUUCCUUGUGCUGGGUCUGGCGGUGGGAGCGUCGUUCUCCUUCCUGCUGGGAACGCUGGUGUAGACGAGCAGGGUCGAGUAAAUCAAGCGAGACGGUGAGAAGUUAAAGCAUCACGUGUGAUCCAGUCGAGUUUUAGCACUUUGUAUCAGGACAUUUUGUAAGAAUAUUCAGAGACGUGAGGGCUGAUUGACUUUUAGCCCGUCAGAGACACGUGGUUUAAAAAGACGUGGCUCCUUCAUACGACUCGUCUCGGCCCAAACAUUCACGUAGAAACUUCUGUUAAACUCAUUGGACCCUGUGGAAUCCUGCAGCUGCACUCCAGUCAUCAUGUUAUUGAUUGAUUGACUGAUUGACUGAUUGAUUGAUUGAUUGUGUGUUCUCAGCUUCACUCACGUCUUAUUUCUCUCCAGAUCGGGUCGAAGUUUGUCCUGAAACAUCCAAGAAACCCAAAAGAUCAUUGACAGAAGAGCUUCUCAGACUUUAUAUUUUAUAUUGUUGUCAUUAAUUCAGCAUUCAGCAACAAACAUUGUAAACGAACUUUAAGGUUUCUUGGAUGUUUCAGGACAAAUUUAGAUUUUGUUGAGGCUGAGAACACAAACAAAGAAAAGUUUUGGAGUUCAGUCGCAGGAUUUUGGGAGUUUGCGUGAACUUAAUUUAAUUUAGUUUUUCCACAAAGACGUGAUCCAGGAAAAGUUCUGAAUUCUGGUUCUGUUGUGUGGAAUGACUGGUGGAGAUCCAAAUGUGCUGUUCAGUAAACUGGACAUGAAUUAUUGAAGUGAAAGUCUUUAUGAUAAAAUAAUCAGGGAUCAUUAAAGGUAAACAAUGUGGAAAGUAUUUGUACAAUCAGGAACUAAAUGAAUAACGUCACAUCUUCCUUUUCUUCUCUUUUGUUUGUUUAUAUUUAUUUUUUCUUAUAACUCGUACUUUAAUGAAGUGUCAACGUCAAGAAUCAACCUUUAUCAUUUUAAAAUCCCUGCUUUUAUUGUGAAGGCAACUAUUUUGAAAGUCCUCUGCUUCCAAACAUUUUGUUUAAAGUUUUAUAAUAUAUUUCCUGGAAACAGCUUUUAUCUGUUUGUGAUUAGUUUUAUUCCCUGGUUUUGUUUUCUGUGUGUGCUGUACUGUACAACGCAGCGCUCCUAUUGGCUGCAGAGAAUUCUGUCGAGCACUGAUUGGUUUACAGGUCAACAGGUGAGCUUUACAUUUUAUUUUAUGUUACUGAAUUUAAAAGUUCAUCACUGAAUGUGUUUUUUUUCUCGUGUAAUUUAUCUUUUGAUAUUCUGAAUGUCAGGCUGUUUAACUGUUUAGUUUUUCUCUUCACACUGAGGGUUUUUCAAAUGUUCUUAUUCGUUUUAUAGAAACACAAAAAAAAACAAUUUUAAAGAUUAUCAGUUUUAUUUUUGCUUAUUUAUGCAUGUUAGCACUGUGCUGAUGCUUUCUUUCAUUCCUCUAAACAGAAAAGUCUUUAUGUUUGUUUUCAUAAUAAAGCACCUAAAAUAUCAAA